UAUUGUUCUAUGUUUCAGACAGGAAAGGCUAUUUCACUGAAGAAAGACAGAGCACAAUGAUGAAACCCCUCAUUAUGGGUUUAUUUGGAAAAGUUCAUCAAAAUGAAAAUGAAGUCAGACUGACUGAUAGUGAGAGAGAAAAACCUGGACCUAUUCAUGAACUCAUGGUCCCCAAUAAAAAGGAUAUGUGCAAACCUGUGCAUGAAUCAUCACUAGUAUCAGACGAUGAUCAUCAUACGUUGAUGGCACGAAAGCUGGAACAUUUCUCUUUGUUUAAAGUGGUGACUCCAACAUUAAAAACAGCUCCACAGGGUGCGAAUUGUGCUAAUGAGGUCAAGUUUGAUUUGUGCUCACCAAAUGAUGUAAAAAAAGGUGACAGGCCUAAUGUUAGGCCUAGAUCUUCAAGAGACCACAAAGCUUCCUCUGAUGCCAAGGCCUCUCUUUGGUUGAAAUCGAAGGACUUUCAAAUCCCACUGCAGCGUUUAACAGUUGAAGAUGUGACCAAUCUUUCUGCAUCCUCCACAGCAUUGCUUGAAUCAGUUCAUCAAGAAUAUGAGGUGGAGCACAUCCUGGCUCACUUUCUUGCAGAAGAUGGCCAGAGAUUCUAUUUGAUCAAGUGGAAAGGCUACAGAGAGGAAGAGAGCACAUGGGAAAAAGAAGAGCAUUUGGAACAUUGUGCAUCACUGUUGACAUCUUUCAAGAAAAAGCAUGGGAUUGUGGGAGUGAAGUCCAGAAAGAGGGAGGGGGAGCCUAUGAACCCGCAGAUAUUGUCUAAACUGAGCCCCCGUGCUUUGAACAUCCUCCACCACCAACGUUUGGAAGCCUGGGAGAAAGAGAUAAACUGUCGUAUCUGCCCCCGUGAAGCUCCUGUCCGAGUAGAAAAUGAAGUAGAUAUGACUGGGCCUCCCAAGGAUUUCACAUAUAUCACUGUCAAUGAGGUGAGAUUGUGUAUUUUUCGGACUCCUGAUGGCCGAGGGUGGGGAGUGAAAACUUUGCAAAAGAUCCAAAAGGGUGUUUUCAUCACAGAGUAUACUGGUGAAAUCAUCACUACAGAGGAGGCAGAUAGGAGAGCAACUGGGAAAGGUGACAAGCUAAUGGCUCUCAAUAAUGAAGGUUUGACUUACCUUUUUGAUCUUGAUCUUGCUCAAAAUGAAAAGCCACCAUAUACCAUUGAUGCCACAAAGAAGGGGAAUGUAGCACGGUUCAUCAAUCAUUCUUGUGAUCCCAACGUUGUUGCAUACAAUGUGUUCAUUGACUGCUUGGACAUCAACCUUCCUAGUGUGGCCUUCUUUGCCAAGAGGGACAUCACACGAGGAGAGGAACUCACUGUUGACUAUGAGCAAACCCCUGUGAGGAUUGUCAGAAAUGUGAACCCAUUGAUAAUUCAGAGACACUACAGCCUCCAGGAUUGUCUGUCAAUGAGGAGCUGUGUGAGCCCUAUCACAUAUGCUUUGGAGUUUCAGAUUUCCGUAGAGGUCAUCAGCUGCCCUGAUGAACUUCUUUAUUUUGUUGAAGAAAUGGAUGAAGAAGAUGUCCCAGAGUUGGUUCCAUGCCAAAAUCGUGUCCCACUGACCAUUAUCACUGGUUACUUAGGAGCUGGGAAAACCACCCUAUUGAAUUACGUCCUCACUCAACAGCAUGGCAAGCGUAUUGCUGUCAUCCUUAAUGAAUUUGGACAAGGGAGUGCAUUGGAGAAGAAGAGCAUCUCUAUUGGGGAUGCAGAUGGAGGAUUGUAUGAGGAAUGGUUGGAGCUGCGCAAUGGAUGCCUGUGUUGUUCUGUCAGGGAUGCUGGUGUCAAGGCCAUAGAGAGCUUGCUGGAAAGAAAAGGCAGAUUUGACUACAUCCUACUUGAAACUACUGGCUUAGCUGAUCCUGGAUCCAUAGCAGGGAUGUUUUGGUUGGACAAAGAUUUGGGAAGUGACAUAUAUCUGGAUGGAAUAGUGACACUGGUGGAUUCCUUCCAUGGACUAAGCCAACUCAGGGAGCAGAAAGAAGAUGGAAGCAUUGUUGAGGCUGUCAGGAAAAUUAAUAGGAAUGCAGAGUUACUUCAGAGCACCCAGAGUCAAGUCCCUCUUGAGAAAAUUCUUGAUCUUCAUGCAUAUGAUUGCUCCAGUCUUGAAUCCUUUCUUGAGAAGAAAGGAGAACUGGUGAGAUCCAUGAUGGGCUCAGGUCACCAUAUGGAUUCCAGUGUGGGUACAGUGACAUUUGACAUAGCAGGGUGCCUGGACUUGGGAAAGGUUGAGAAACGCUUGGAAGCCCUCCUCUGGGCUCCUGAUGAAGGCACUGAUUUCCUCGCAACAGAUAUGCAUGUUCUCCGUAUGAAGGCUGUGAUAAACCAAGGCAGAGGGAUGAAGCCAGUGUUACUCCAAUCUGUUUACAAACUUUAUGACUGGGAAGAGUUCCCUCAAGAUGAGGUGCAUAGUCCAUCUUCUACUUUCAUAUUCAUUGGAAAAAAGCUGGAUGGGGAAUUCUUGAAGGAGUGGUUUUCACAUUGCAACAAGGAUUAAUGCUCACUUAAUGUGGCAUGAAGGAACUCAGCCUGGCACUUUCCACCCAAAUGAGUGAUUCUCUAAGAGUGGUGCCAAACACUUUGUGCCAAAUGAC